CUUUAAAUUCCUGUAAUCAUAGCAAUUGGAUUUUGUACACGGCUAACCAUACAGUAGCUUUCUAAUCCUUUAGUGUCAAUAUCCAUUUCACCAUGACGAGUGUUGUUCCUGGAAACGACGUGGGUCAGGUGGAUGAAAAUGACCCAGUUGUCGGCGGAGAUUUGAAUGCAGAAGGAGUUGAGGCCAAACCAGUCAUCGAUUUCGCUACAGUUCCUGGAUACGACAAUGUCCGAUUGGAUAAGUCAUUACUUCCGCCUCCCCCUGUGAAUUACGUCAUUCCACAAGAUCAGAAACAGCCGGAUUUCAUGAGCGCUCCCGUGAUAUCUGAGGACACCGCCAGACAAUCUCUAUUGGAACACGUGGGUCAGCAAUGUUGCUGGGGGAAAGGUGCUGCCGAAAAAAUGACCAUCAAGGAGCUUCAGUCUUCCACGUCCUAUCACUAUGUUCUGGAGACAUUUACCGAAGAAAGAAGCACCAAAUGGGAUUUUGAUCCAUUCCAGGGUCAACCAGUGGAUGGCCCACAUAAUGGGCCUGCCCCUGGUCCAUGGGAUAUCCCGGUACCGUUCAGGGAGGUAUUCAAAAACGAGACACAGUUCCGCGAGGUCCCCCACACUGCCUACGUUAAGGACUGCCACGGGUGUAACGCUAAAGGAUUCCUAAGAUGUGGGACGUGUCACGGACGAUCACAAAUAAGAUGCUCCGCUUGUCAAGGCAGAGGACGGAAACAAGUGUACAAGAACGGCAAACAUGAGCUCACCAAUUGCCCCCAUUGUUUCGGGACCGGUAAAAGGAGGUGUGCAAGAUGCGGUGGAGACGGUCGGAUUCAAUGCACUUCUUGCAAAGGAUGUUGUCGUUUGAGGUGGUUUAUCCGACUCAGUAUUGUCUGGUGCAAUAACGUUGGUGAACACGUUGUUGAAAAGACAGGUCUCCCGAAUCAACUGGUCUCCAAGGCCGCCGGGUCACUCGGGUUUCAGGAUACCCAGUUCCGAGUGAUGCCGGUCGCUAGAUUUCCAGUGGCUGAAAUUAACGAGGCCUCCCAUAGACUUCUCAGCAGUCACCAGUUUCCACAGCGUAUGAUUCACAUGCAGCGUCACGUGAUACGCAUGGUUCCAGUGACACAGUGUUUCUGUGACCACAAAGAGAAGGAUCUGACCUACUUUGUCUACGGACUGGAGAGCAAGGUCCACGCCCCCGACUACCCAGAACAAUGCUGCUGGGGAUGUUCCAUCAUGUAAUGGCGAUCAACCCGGAUGUGACGUCACGUGAAAAGAUUAUAUAUGUGAUAUAUUAUACCUAUUCAUAAUUAUGUGAUGUUUUAAUUUGGUUAAUCAUUCUGUAACACUAUAACGCAUUCACUCUCUUCGAAACUAAUAGAAACCAUAAACUUAUUAAAUAAAUCACUGCAUUGAUGAGCAAACCAUGCCUGGUUUUAACUUGAUACGGCGCGACUUUAUAGGGCUGAGUAAUGACAAAAAUUAAUAAAGUGUGCAUUUUUAUAAUAAUUUAUCUGUCUAUAUACUAAAAACUUAACUAAUUUUACCCAAACUGCAAGAGCUAGGUUUUACCAAUUUGGAAGUUGUAACACAUUUUUUGUAUAUGACAUGGAUUUAUAUGCAUGAAGUAUUAUGAAGCUAAUGCUGAUGGGACUGUCAAACGCAGCUCUGUUAAGUAUAAGGGUAAAGCUUGGUAAUGAUAAAUUAUAGUUUGGGUCAUAUAUUGUAUAA